GGUAGAGGUAUUGAGAGAGUGGAAACGGCUCUAACAACUUCAGUUGAUUCAGGAAAGUGGGUACCAACAGACGGGUCGACAGUUGGCCCAACCCUGAACCGUUGUAAUCAAACUUCACCCCAAAAUUCAAACGUCAAGACCUCAACAAUAUCCUACAAUCCAUUAAAUAAAUCAUCCUAACAUAAUCACCAAAAUGGUCGCUAAAGACCCCAGGAAGGAGUUGGUGACGGAGUCGAUGAACCCGUACGAGAAACCGCCCAGUGUAACCACAAGACAGUCAAUUAAAAAUUUCCUUUACAAUCCAUUAACUGGUGCAUUCCUGGGGAGGACACCCAGUCGUUGGGGAAAAAUUGGGAUAUUCUAUUUAAUUUUCUACGGAGUUCUCGCUGCUUUAGUCGCCAUUUGUUACUGUGCAUUCUCCACAACUCUGGAUCCAAGAAUACCAAAAUGGCAAUUAGAGAGAUCAAUAAUUGGUACAAAUCCAGGAAUGGGAUUUAGGCCAAUGCCUCCAGCAGACAACGUUGAGAGUACACUGAUCUGGUUCAAGGGAACUAAUGCAUCGAACUAUGAUUAUUGGAUUCAAUCCCUCAAGGCAUUCCUCAAACCUUAUAAGGAGCCUGGAUCUGAACCUGGUCGUGGUCAGAACGGAAUAACUUGUGAUUAUGGUCAGGAAGUACCGAAAGAUAAAGUCUGUACGGUAAAUGUGAGAGAUUGGGGGCCAUGUACUGAAGAAGGUUUCUUUGGAUAUCACAAAUCCAGUCCGUGUGUCUUCCUAAAGUUGAAUAAGAUUUAUGGAUGGAUACCAGAGUACUACAAUGAGACCAAAGACCUUCCCUCAAAAAUGCCCGAGCAGCUGAAAGGAACGAUUCGGAGAUUAGAACAGGAAAACUCACUCCAUUUGAAUACGAUAUGGGUGUCAUGUGAGGGAGAAAAUCCAGCCGAUCAAGAAAAUAUUGGACCUAUCAGAUUCUAUCCUAAACAGGGAUUUCCUGGUUACUAUUAUCCGUAUUAUAAUAAUGUUGGGUACUUCAGUCCCCUUGUUGCAGUACAGUUCGAGCGUCCACGACCUGGGAUCAUCAUCAACGUCGAGUGCAAAGCUUGGGCGAAAAACAUCAAACACCACAGAAACGACAAAAUAGGAUCAGUACAUUUCGAGCUCUUGAUCGAUUAAUCGAAGAGCUUCAUUCGAAAUCAUGUAGGAAUCUCACAGAAUCCCGGAAAUUAAUAUCUGAGAGACAAAUAUCGUGUUGGUUCUUCCGAAACGCCUUCUUUUGUAUGACAAUAUACUUUUAAGUCACUCACCCAAAGUCUGAACAAAUGUCAAUCUAAGAAAUUAUGGAAAAUCAUCACCAAAAGUGUCUUGUAGUUUUGAAAAAUUGUAUUAUAAUAGCAGCUGUAGCAGCUUUCAGCGGUUCAUUCCAUAAAUCAAUCGGAAUUGAAAGAUAUUAAUUGUGUAAUUUAUAUGUGUUACCGUGACAUUUAUUGUAAAUAUGUGACGGGUUUUAGAAAAACUUGGAAAAUUCAGGAAAAUUAUUUUUCAUGCACCUCGAGAUCCCCCACUGAACUUCUCUGUCACAGAUUUUUUGACAAGUCCAAACGCAAAUCCAAAAUACGACUCGAUAGGUCCCACUAUCUUCUAAUUUUUUAUUGCAUUUUACUGUAAUUUUUGAACUCUAUACUCUGCAGAUGUCACUCUGCAUAUGUCAAUUGGAAAAAUUAAAUUUCCAUUGAGUUUAUGUUAGUCUAAUUAAUCCAUGGAUUUCACUCCGAGGCAGAUAAGUCCAGUUCGAUAUCUUGGGAGCACACAUUUUGAUAAUUUUUCGUUAUUAGCCAAGACUUCCUCGGACCCUUCGACUUUAUGAAAAAAAAUUCUUAUGGAAUUCAUAAAAAUGAAGACAGUUCAUGAUGUGCACCGUGAAGUGAUGGAACACAAAAAUUGAUGAAUUAUUCACAUCAAUAAUAAUUAAUCAAUCAUCCUUAAUUGAUACUACAAAACAUUCUUUAUUUUAAAUCUUCGCGAACUUUUUGAAUUCUCGACUCUUUCUUUUAAUAAUCUUAUCAAUGAUAAGAUGUUUUCAAUUACGAAGGAACUGGAGUAGAAAAAUGAAACCAUUCACCAUUUUUUUAACCGAAAUCAAUUGCCUCUCAGAUAAAUGCAUUAUAAAUCGAGUGAUUUUAAUUAUGUGUUCCAUCAUUUCACAAAAUUGACUCCGUCGUAACUCUGAGUGAAUAGUUUGUAGAUGUUUUCGAUAAUUAUACAACGUAUUUGUUCCCUCGAAUAUCGCGCGUUACGAUUGAUCCGAUAGAUCUCUCUGUGAUUUGUACCAUAUCAAUUAAUUCCGCUGGAAAUAUCUCUUUAAAUACAAAACAGUGUUGACAUUAAUACUCCUCCAUGCACGUUUAGAUGUAAGAAUCUAUCACUAUUAUUAGGUAGAUAAUAUUGUUGCAGAUUUUUUUGGAAUGAAAAUAAUAUUUUAAGAAAUAAAACAUCUACUGCCAUUGAAA